ACAAACAUUCACAAUGAGGUCUUCUUUACUAUGCGCUACCUUCGCAACGGUCGCUAGUGCGGCGUACAGUGGUGACAUUGUCCAGUACUGGGUCGAUCAAUCCGCCAUCCUUGUCAACGGGACGGUAAUCGGUGGCCUCCCCUCGCCCCCCUCGGGAUGGUUCGAAGCGAUCGUCCAGGGCGCCGUAUACCUCGCCGCCACCAAUUCCGCGGACAAAUCCCUCGCAUUCCAACAACUCGCCGUUUCUCACGCGGCGCACGACUCCCUCUUAUGGACAUUCCACGGCACUCGAUUAUACGCGACCGUAAACUCCAAACUCAAAGCAGUGCUCGGUCCCAUCGGACUCAACGCCUCGUCCCCAGAAGCCACCGCCGCAACGGAAAUCGGCAGAGAUGCCGCCAGGACCGUCCUAACCGCGCGAGCUGACGACGGGAUCAACUACUUUGUCGACUAUGAGCAGAGACCGGCUGCGCCCGGCGUGUAUCAAGCUACGCCUGGAGGAUCGCCCAUCCCGGAUACUCCGCAGGCCCAGUUCCUGCGGCUCUUCGGGGGUUUGGGGGAUGUGACGCGGUUCCGCGCCCCGCCUCCACCGAACGCUACCAGUCCAGAGUACGAACCGUAUCUGGAUUACGUGAAGGCGCAGGGUGCGAGGAAUUCGACGGUGAGGACGCCGUAUGAUACUGAGACGGCGUACUUUUGGAGGGAAAGCAGUCCAAUCGCGUGGAACCGCCUCGCCCACGCCGUAAUCGGGAGUAAAUACGCAACCGACGUCGUCACGUCUGCGAAAUUCUACGCGCAGCUCAACUACGCCCUGUCGAAUGCCGCAAUCGCAAGCUGGGACUCGAAAUACUUCUACAACAGCUGGCGCCCCGUCACCGCGAUCCGCUACCCGGACACUUACCUCGCCAGCGGGCGAAACGUGACGGAUCCGAACUGGACGCCGUUGCUCACGCCGACACCGAAUCACCAGGACUAUCUUUCGACGCAUGCGACCUUUGGCGGUGCCGCUGCCGCUGUGCUCAAGAUCUGGAAUGGCGAUUCGGAUGUUGUGGAUGUGAGUUUGAGUAGUAACGUUACGUUAGACAACGUUGGUGUAAUCACGAGGCGGAUCACGAAUUUGACCGCUGCGGCAUAUGAGAACGGGGAUAGCAGGAUCUUCGGGGGCAUCCAUUUCCAGUUCGCUAGUGAUGUUGGAAACGAGAUUGGUGCGAGGGUUGGGAGGGAAACCGUCCAGAUUUUCGACGACAAGUGGCAGGACUUCUAG